AUGUUGCCAGGCGCUCCGCUGCGCGCUGAUGGAUCGUCCGGGCCAGCAACUGCUGCUUCCGGGCAGCGCAGCGGAGCCUUCGAAAGCUUCUAUUGGACAAACCUGGUGGAGGGUGGGCUCAUCCAGGAGGGUGCCGACUGGGAAGCCUUCCUGGACUGCCUGCGCCAGCCUCUACCGUCCACCCUUUGGGUCACGCCCACAGAUCGGGAUGCAGACAAAGUUCGCAGUGCCCUGAAAAAGUUCGGAGCGGCUGCCGCCGCAGCCGGAGCGGAUGCAGCAGAUCUUGAGCCCAGGCUUUGCGUGCGGCCACUCGCAUGGAUGCCUGACGAGCUGGGAUGGCGCGUGGACAUUCCAAAGACGGUGCUGCGGAAAGAUAAGCAGUUCAAGCCGCUUCACGAGAUGCUCAUUGACCACACAGCCAAGGGCACCAUCAACCGCAUGGAGGAGGUCUCUAUGCUGCCGGUGGUUCUGUUGGAUGUCCAGGCUGGCCAUCGUUGCCUCGACACCUGUGCCAGCCCUGGCAGCAAGACAGCGCAGAUGCUCGUUCAACUUGCAAAGGCGAACUUUGCGAAGUGGGGCAGGGGCCUGGAGGCCAUCUCGGGCGAGGCGAAGCAGCGCUGCUUGCGCUUCCUGCAUGGCCGAAUCGACUACUCCGCCGACGAGGGUUGCGUGGUCGCCAACGAGAUUUCGACGGACCGCGCAGGGAUGCUCGUGCAUCAGAUUGCCAGGCACCAGUCGCUGUAUCCCCUGGUGAUCUUCACUUCCCACGAUGCCCGCUACUUCCCGAGCCUUCGCGACGAAGCGGGCCAGGAGGUGCUCUUCGACCGCAUUCUUUGCGACGUGAUGUGCUCCAGUGACGGAACACUCCGAAAGUCACCCCACCUUUGGCGUGAGUGGACUCCGAAGCUCGGCUUGGAGCUGCAUGCCUCGCAGCUGGCGGUGGCUCUGCGCGCCCUCCGUCUUCUACGCGUUGGGGGGCGCCUGGUUUAUAGCACCUGCAGCCUUUCUCCAGUCGAAGACGAAGCUGUCGUGGCGGAGAUCCUGCGCACGGGCUGCGCUGAACUCAAAGAGGUUCGGCAAAUGCUCGCGCCGCUGAAAACGGCCCCCGGCCUGCGGACAUGGAAGGUGGCACAUCCAAGCAAGCGGCAGACAUUCUCGAGCUUUGCGGAGGCCCAGGCAGCUGGGGCGAAAUUGGUUCCAGGCGUCUUCCCGCCGGAGGAGAGCACCCCGGCGAGCGCCCAGCUGCCAAGGUGUAUCCGCAUCCUGCCACACCACAACGACACCGGAGGCUUCUUCAUCGCCGUCUUCGAGAAGACAGCUGACCUCUCUCGGAGGAAGGAGAAGGAGGACCGACUGAUGGGUUAUGACAGCGAUGUGGACAGUGAUGGCGAGGAGGCCGAGCGUCGAAAGCAGCUGCGGAAGCUCGAGGAGGCUGUGGAGGCUGGGCGGAGCGAGCAGGAGAGGCAGAAAGCCGAAUCCCGGCGCGAGCGCGCGAGGAAGUCGGGAUCCUUGUCUCGGGAAAUUGUUCGCUACGAGCCGCUCAGCCAGUCUCCCGAGCAGGCUGCCGCACUGCGCUGCUUUUACGGACUGCACGACAGCUUCCCGGAGGAGCUUUUCUUCAGCCGCCGGCAUCUGGAGCUGGAUGCCACGGGGGAGCUCGUGCAGACGCAUUGGGGCGAAGCGAGCCAGCUGAUCUUUUUGGCAAAAGCAGCCGCGCGGCUGCUGCGCCUGGGCACCGCCGAGGGCGCCAAGCGCAAGCUGCGGGUCAUUGCAGGGGGGCUCCGAGUCUUCGAGAAGGAUCGCUUCGACGUGCCUGACAAAGCUACGCAGUUCAGGUUUGCCCAAGAAGCCAUCGAGCCGAUGCUGCCAUAUGUCGGCCGGCGUGUUGUUGUCCUGGAGGAGCUCUCGGACACGCGGCGGCUUCUGGGCCUUCUCCGCAACGCCCCCGUCGCGGCCCUCGCGGCGGCACCGGCACUGGAGGCCUUGAGCCCAGGUGGGUGCAUCCUCCUCCUGCGCGCGGCUUGCGGGGGCUUGCUGGCAGUUUCUGCUUUGCGGACACAGAAGGCUGUGAACCUGUUCGUGAACGACCAAGCCAUGCCGCACAUGUGCGAGGUUGCUGGCUGCCCCACCGGCUCGCAGGAUGAUAGUGCGAAGACUCAUCCCAGUGCAGAGACCGGAAAAGGCCCCCGAGAGCUGAGCAGGCUGUUGAGGGCUUAG